AUGAGUUCCCCAUCAGUAAAACAAACAAAUGAUAACACAACCAUGAAGCAAAGAAAAACCAAAACAAACAACAUGGCUGCGAAGUCGUCAAAUUUAGAUACAACUCGAUCGGAAUUGGCGGAACUUAUUAAGCGAAAGGCGGAAAUUUCAGAGCAACUGGCAAAUUUAGAAAGGCAAAUCUAUGCAUUCGAGGGCUCAUAUUUAGAAGACACCCAGCUCUACGGAAACAUAAUUCGGGGAUGGGACCGAUAUUUGACAUCAAACAAGAGCACAAACUCCAAGGCCGACAAAAGAAAUCGAAAGUUCAAGGAGGCUGAGCGUUUGUUUUCCAAGUCGAGUAUAACUUCGAUGGCGAUAUGCAAUCCUGAUCGUAACAGCGAAUCAGAGUCCAUAACUAACGAAGACUCCAGUGAUAAUCAGAUUGGACCCCUAUCGAACCACAACACAACGACAGCACACGAUGGUGCGACGUCAAUAAAAAGUGCGGGAAAAGAUGACAAAGAUGACAGGCCAGGGACACCUGCGAAUGAUACGAACAAGAAUUCAGCGACGCCCAGCAAUAGUGCGAAACAUAAGCUGAACAGCAGUUCGGCGAAGAAGGGUGGGAAUAUAAGCAAAAAGAUAAGACAUCGUUGAACAUAAUGUUGUAUUUUGGUUUGUAGAAUAAAAAUGUGUUUUAGGAAUUUGUA